AUGAGGGUAUCACUGAUUUUCGGGACUAUUAUCCUGGCUAUAGCUGUUGCCAGCGCACAUGGACUAUUUGCGAGAAAGUACAAAAAACUUCUUCCUGUCAGUAAAUCAUAUGCCAGACAAAUCAGAAGGUAUUACCGACCAUACCAACAAAGGAUUCAAAACACAUUUAAAGGGAGUUAUCGCAGAAGUUAUGGUAAUAGAAAAGCCUAUGCUGCUCCGAAAAUGAGACCACUCUACAGGAGAGUGCCUAUCAUGAAACCAAUGACGAUAUACAAGAAAAUCCCGAUUUACAAGCCUAUUAUAAAAACAGUUGUAAAGAAAGUUCCAUACGUGAAGGAAGUACCAGUUAUCAAGACAGUUUACAAAAAUAAAUUUAUUCCCAAAACCGUCCGAGUCGAGGUACCCGUGGCAAAUCCUAUCCGUAUACCAGUAGAGGUUCCUGUUCCUCAAGCAAUUGGUCCCAUUAUUGACGAACCAGGUCAUUCAACAAGUAAAAAAAUAAAAACUGAAAGUUCAAGCAGUGGAGGUGGAGAUAUAAAUAUAGGACUUGGAAUAGGUAUAGAUGGUGUCGGCGUUGGAAGUGCUGGUGAUGCUAAAGGCAUAGGCCUUGGUAUUGAUGGAGGAAGUAUUGACAUCGGUACUCCAAAAAUUGAUAUCGGAGGACCAAAUAUCGACAUGGCUGGGCCAGAUCAUGGCUUUGGUGGACCGAAUAUGGACCUGGGUGGACCAAAAAUUGAUAUUGGUGGCCCAAAUAUUGAAAUCGGUGGACCGGAGUUCAAUAGUCCGAGUCUAGACUUAGGGGGAACUAUUGGAGCGAUGACGGGUAUGGAUUUUGGUUUCGGAGCUGGUGGAAUUGAAGGUGGCAUGGGUAUGGGCGUUAGCGACCUAGGUGGAAGCGUUGGAGGUGGCAUGGGAGGAAAUGAAGGAGGAGCUGGUUUCGGAGUUGGUGGAAAUGAGCUCGCUGGAGGAGUAGGAUUCGGCGGAGGAUCCUUGGGUGGAGUGGGGGGAGGUGGAGCAAUGGACACUUCCGGUGUGGGUAUUGGAGUGGGGCACGGGGAUGGCAGUUUCGGGAUAGGCAUUGGUCGGGCUAUGCCUCCACCUAGAGAUACCCUUAUCGUCUCUGAUGCUGAUCACGUAAGAAUUGGAGAUCAUGACUUCAGGGGACACGGAGACAGAGGAAGGAACUUAUUUAUUCAUGAUGCUGACCAUGUUACAGGAGGGGGUCAUCAAGGACAUAUGAGCGGUGGUAGUGACGGUUUCAACAACCCUGUUGCCAUCUUCGGAGUUGACAACGGCGGAAAUGGUGGCAUUAGCGGAGGAAGUGGACUCGAUAAUGGUCUUGGUAUCAAUAUGGACGGAAUCGGAAACGGUGGAAUCGAUUCCGGACUAGGAUUAGACAACGGACUUGGAGUUGGAAUUGAUGGACUUGGAGGACCAUCCGAUCUCGGUCAUGAUCUAGGUCACAAUGGUGGAUUUGAUAACCAGGGAGGAUUCAUCGACGGCAAUGGAGGAAUCUUCGACAAUGGUGUAAAUGGCGGAGGGUUCGUAGACAACUUCAAUGGAGGUGCUGUAGACAAAGGCCUUGGAGGUGGCUUUGUUGAUCCUAUUGUCGGAGGUGGAAUGGACGGCAACAUCAACAUAGUAAACAAUGGAGGUAGCCUCGACCAUGGAUUAGGCGGCGCUGGAUCACUGGACAUCGGAGGUCACGGACCAAUUGACCACGGAGUAGGUGUUGAUUCUAGAUCCAAAGCCACAACAAACGUUAAUGUAAAUGUAAACGCGAAGUCGGCAGCUCAUGGCGUUGGGUCUGGGUCAGCAGGAAUCGCCCCAGGACCAGUAGAUAUGCUCCCCGCACCAAUUGACCAUGGACUUGGACAUCCUGGCCCAAUCAUUGAUGCUGGUCACGGAGUUCACACAGGUCACAUGGGCAAAGGAAAACGUAAGUGA